AUGAACCCGGAGCCCCGAGAGAACCCUGCGACAGAGCUCAAACCCCCGUCAGAUUUCGAAGUUGGGCAAAAAAGGUUUGCCGAUUUCGACAUCAAGGAUCGCGUCUUCAUCAUCACCGGUGGUAGUCAGGGCCUUGGCCUGUCGAUGGCCGAGGCAGUGGCAGAGGCUGGCGGGAAGGUGUAUUGCUUCGAUAUCUUUCCUGAGCCCAACGGCGAGUGGGAAGCGGCCCAAAAACGCGUCGCCGAGCUUUCAGAGAAUACGGGGUCCCUCAUUUACCGACAGCAAGAUGUAAGAGAUGUGGAAGGCCUCGGUAAGCAGAUCACCGAGAUCGCCGAGGAGAACGGCCGACUCGACGGCGUCGUCGCCGCCGCCGGCAUCCAGCAGAUCACCCCGGCCACCCAGUACAAGCCCGAGGACGUCUCCCGCAUGAUGGACAUCAACUUCCAGGGCGUCCUCAUGACCGCCACCUCGGCCGCGCGCCAGAUGUUCCGCUACAAGUGCCGCGGCAGCAUGGUCUUCAUCGCCAGCAUCUCCGGAACCGUCGCCAACAAGGGCCUCAUCUCCCCCGUCUACAACUCUUCCAAGGCUGCCGUCCAGCAGCUCUCCCGCAACCUUGCCAUGGAGUGGAGCCCCAUCCGCCCCGACGGCACCGGCGGGAUCCGCGUCAACUGCAUCAGCCCCGGCCACAUCCUGACGCCCAUGGUGCGGAAGAACUUCGACGAGGUCCCCGGCCUGCGUCAGAAGUGGGAGGGCGAGAACAUGAUGGGCCGCAUUGCCGAGACCCACGAGUUCAAGGGGGCUGCGCUGUUCCUGCUCAGCAAUGCUAGCAGCUUCAUGACUGGUAGCAAUAUCAUCAUGGAUGGUGGACAUACUGCCUGGUAAAUUUUGGCACUGGAGGAAAGAAAGCAAAAGAAAGCCGAAUGGACAUGUCACAUAAUAUGCCACGAAAUAGGGGAACGGUCAGAUGGGGGGAAGCAUGGCGCAGGCGCUCUGUCGGAGCAUUUCAUUUUGUCUUCAUGUUUUCUAUGGCACAGGGACGGUCCCGACUCCCGAC